UUUAUUAAACUGGAUUUGCAUUAAUGCUUUUUCUUUGUUUUUAUGUGUUCGUCUCUUUAUUGUUUUUUAUUACAAAAUAUGCUAUCACCGUUCGUUUCAAAUCAAAAUUGUGCAAUGGCCCUUAGGCUAUCGGUUACCAAAAUUUUUUUUGUUUUUAUUGUUCUUCUGCUCAUUGGUCUGCUAAUUUGGAUCAAAGUUCGGCUUUGAUUUUUCUUUUGUUCUGUUUAACAAAAAAUUAGUGUAACGUGUUUUGGCCUUAAAAUUUGUCCAUAUAUAAAGAUGUUCAAUUUGUUAUCAUAAUCACCAACUUUCCUCCUUCAAAACACAUUCAAACCCCUCAAAAACAACAAUAAUAAUGUCUCCAGUUAAAUUUUCAACCUUCUUUGCAAUCCUCUCAGUAAUCCUCAUUGUGGAAUUGCCUUUGUCUCAAAGCUUUCUUUUCGGCGGAUUAGGAGGUGGUGGAGAAUCUAAAGGUUGCUGUUGUUGCUGCCCUCAACCUUGUGCACCACCUCCUCCUCCAGCUCCAUGUGGCUCGCCCUGCUGUUGCUGCAAUCCUUGCGGAGGAGCACCUCCUCCUCCUCCAGUCCCUGCUCCAUCAUGUGGAGGAGGAUGUGGCGGUGGUUGUUGUGGUCCAGCUGUGUCAGUAUUUGUUAACUGUGGAUGCGGUUGUGGAUGUGGAAAAUGAGAACAAAUUUGAGAAAAUUGAAGUCA